AUGGAACCCCAUCUUCCGCCGGCGCCCUCGGCCGCCCACCACCACCCGCCCGCAGCCUCCAGGGCGCCCGUCGACAUCGGCUACCAGUACAACGAGAAGGAUGUCUUCGACCACCGCACGCAGUAUGCCCCGCGCGUCGAGCGCGGCAGCAAGGGCAGCAGCAACAGCCGCGCCCACGACUCCGUCAUCUCAUAUCCGCGCUCGCCCAACGUUGCGACCGCGUCACCGCCAAGCCCCGUGAGCAGCGUCUCGUCCGGCCGCAAGCACCGCUCGCAGCAGAGCGCGAGGCAUUCGCACGAUGCCAUCGCACGGGUUGCGCAGCCCCCGCGCGCCUACAUCGACCCCGAGAAGGCCGGCAGCUCGCCCUACCGCUCGCGCUCGCCCACCCGCGCCUCGGCCUCCAAUCCAGAUGCCACCCGCCAGACGAUAGCCUACGACCCCGAUGAUUUCGACGAGAAGGGCCCCGAGGACAAGCCCGUCCAGCUGCUGCUCUACCUCUCGCUCCCCUGCGCGCUCCUCUCCUUCCUGAUCAUGCUCUGGACCAUGGUCGCCCUCCUGAUUUCGCUCCUGCUCCAGCCCUUCCGCCUCUUCUCCACACGCUCCACGCUCCCGACGCAACUCACCACCUUCCUCGCGCCGCCGCUCAACCUGCAGCUCCACCUCAUCUACUCCUUCUCCGCAGCCGACUCGUACAGCGCGCCCAUGCUCGUCGUCAUCCACCUCUUCUCCCCCUUCGUGGCCGUCGGCGUCGCCAUCGCCGCCUGGACGGCUGCCUGCUUCUGGUUCUUCUCCGCGAUUUUGGGUGAUCCUGCCGGCCAGGACGGACAUAAUGACGGGAAGGAGAGUAUCCUCGGGGUGCGCAACUGGUGGGAUCGGUGGCUGUCGCGGGCGCUGAGAUGA